AUGAAUGUAGAAAUAGAUAGACUAAGCAGCUUGCCAGAUGAGCUUAUCCAUAAAAUUCUCUCUUUUCGCCCCAUUAGAGAUGCUAUUGGUACCAGUGUUUUGUCAUCUAGAUGGAGGUUUAUUUGGACUUCAAUGCCCUAUCUCAAUUUCUCAAGUGAGGAUUUCUUUACAUUGCCAGAGUUCUCCAAAUUUGUUACCCAUGUUUUGUCUCGCCGUAACAAUUUAACAGAAGUGUAUUCGGUGAAGCUUGAGUUUCGUGGAAAGGCGAGCCAGUUGUUUGUCAAAAGAAUUCUUAAUUAUGCAUUUUCUCACAAUGUCCAACAACUAAAUGUGGUAUGCUUGCUUGAAAAUGAUAUUGAGUUUCCUAUUUCUCUCUUUAGUUCCAAGUCACUCAAACAUCUCAGUUUGGAGGCUGUCGAAUACAAAUAUCACAGGAGAAAAGCUAAUGGUUGUUUCAUUACUCUAACAUCAACUUGGGAAGCAUUAACAACACUGAAUCUUCAUUCUGUCACUUUUUGUGAUGACAUAGUUGAGAAAUGCACCGGUAUUUUCUCAAAAUGUGCAAACUUGAAAAAUCUCACAUUAACGCAGUUCAGUAUGAUGGGAUCGGAUACUUUCAGUAUCUGUCAUCCUCAAUUGUCGAAUCUCACACUUGUAAGUGCCUUCUAUAAUGUGAAGGUGAUCAAAGUGGUUGCACCUCAACUUGAGAAUCUCACUAUUAGAUCCUGUGAAGUAGAGCAUGUGAUUUCUGCACCUCACCUUGUCUCCUUCCUCUAUAAAGGUUAUCAUUCUUUGCGUCUAUCUACCAACGGUUUCCAUUCUUUGGAGAAGGCGGAUAUUUGUGUUUCUUAUCCACCUGAAGCAGAUGCUCAUCAAAUCGUUUGUUUGCUUCAACAUCUUCACAAUGUUAAGUUCCUUACUCUUAACUUGGAAAUUGUUGAGACUACAUUAUUUGUUCUUGUUUUGUAUGUGUAA